AUGGUUACCCGCAAGGGAUGUGACAUUCAUGCUGAUAAAUAUGACUAUGGAAAUGAUCAUUGUACUUAUGGUUUCCAAUGUGAUGUCUAUAAUAAUCUUUUUUGUUUUAAAGUUUCAGUAUGGGAAGAGGCUCUUGAGGAGUAUUCAGCCUAUAAACCGGUAGUGCAAGCAAGUACUCAUCAACCUGAAUCACAGCAACAUACAAGCAGGGAUAUCACACAAAUUAUAGAAUCCUUCCAGAGACCCGCAGCACAAGGUGCUCAUCCUACCGGUUCCAGAGAGGAUAAGAAGUGUGCAAGAUCAAGUCAUAAAGAGCUUAAGCAGAGAAGCACCUCUGCCAAAAAGUCAAAAAAAAAUUGCAUAAUAUGUGCACAGCAGCGACGUGCAUCUCUUGAAGCUGCGAAAUGUGAUUCAUUACCAGAGCCUUGUAAUAAUGUAGUUACUAUCGGAUUAGGUCAAAAAACCAAUAAACUUUUUGUCCCUGUGGAGGCCAUUUCUGGGGAUUUUACUUCUAAGAAAAAGGAAAAAAAUACAAUUGAUCAAUCUAUACAAGUUGAUACCAUCACUCCAGUUGAGGUAAACAAAUAUACUCCAGUAAUUAAGACAGAGAUCCAACCGGAAGGUGAUGUCAAAAUUGAAACAACCAAAGCUUUCACCCCAGUUGAGGUCACUCAAGACACCUCAGUUAUUGCGACAGAUAACCUACCAAAUGAUGAUGUCAAAAUUGGUGUCACCGAUUCAUUUGAAGAAGUUAAGCUAAAGAGUUCCAGCGAGUUUAAAGUAGUAGAAGCCACUAUUUCUGAUGCUGAGCUUUCUAUCACCAAGCCAGUCAGAUGUCCAGCAGAUAACAUCAUUCAUGAAGUGGCAUUCACCCUUGUCAGAAAUACAUUGUCCAAAGUUUUGCAAGCAAGUGGGCUUAAUCUUGUAGAUGAUAAGAAAACAUCAACCGACAAUGCUGCAAAUAGCUGUGAUGUUGAUGGGCCUUCAUCCGAUAAUGUGAUUGGCGAGCCAUAUGUUCAGGAUAAAGAAGGUGGACAAGAUGAUGUCAAAAAUAAUCAGUGUGAUGUGGCAGGCCAGUCUGACGGUCAGGAGCCCAAAGUUGGAAAAGAUGUGGCCGAUGUCAGAAAUCGUCAGUAUGGUGUGAGAGGUGAGUCCGGUGGUCAUGAUCGAGAAUGUGAACAAGAUGUCGCCUAUGUCAAAAAUGAUCAGUCUGAUUUCAGAGGCGAGUCUGAUGGUCAGUAUCGAGAAAGUGGACAAGAUGUGGCUGAUGUAAAAGAUCAGUAUAAUGUGAGAGGCGAGUCUAAUUGUCAGGAUCAAGAAGGUGGACAAGAUGUGGCCGAUGUCAAAAAUGAUCAGUCUGUUAAAGGUGUGUCUGAUGGUCAGGAUCAAGAAGGUGGACAUGAUGUGGCCGAUGUCAGAAAUGAUCAGCCUAAUGUGAGAGGCACGUCUAAUGGGCAGGAUCAAAAAGGCAGACAAGAUGUGGCCGAUGUCAAAAACGAUCAGUCUGAUGCGAGAGGUGAGCCUGAGGGUCAGGAUCAAGAAAGUGGACAUGAUGUGGCCAAUGUCAAAAAUGAUCAGUCUGAUGUGAGUGGCGAGUUUCAUGGUGAGCAUCGAGAAGGUAGACAAGAUGUAGACGAUGUCAAAAACAAUCAGUCUGAUGUGCAAGGCAGGCUUCAUUGGCAGGACCUAGAAGAUGGACAAAAUGUAGAAGGCAAUAUUGUUGAAAAUGACCAGUCUGAUGUGGGAGGCAAGUCUUUUUUUGGUCUUACCAUGAAGGUAUUAUUGAGGAAAUCACUCGGCAACAGAUCCCUUUGA